AUGGCUGGACACCAGAAGGAGAAGGUGAUCGCAGAUGAGGUCCACCAGAACCAGAUCCUGCGGGAAUUGUACCUCAAAGAGUUACGAACCCAGAAACUCCACACGCAGUAUCAUGUGAAUCCACUCCGCAAGGUUCACACAAUCGCCAGAAAGCCCAUGUCUUGGCAUGAUAACCUGGAGGAACCUGCAGAUGCCAGGUUCCUAAAUCUUAUCCACCAUGCUGCCCAGGGACCAAGGAGGAAAUACCCCGAGGCACAGACUGAAAGUCAAGAGAUUGGAUGGGACUCAGAGCCAUUGGUCAACCCACAACGCGAUGACCGCAGGCUGAACCACUUCAGGGUCUACAAAGACAUCACUCUAUACAAGGCUAAAAUGUGGAGCUUGGGAGAAGAUGGUCACCACAAGUAG